AUGUCAUCCGCCUUAACCACCGAGCUAUCCAGGAAAUACGGGGAUCUCCAACUUUGGGUUUUAAUCUGCAUAUGCAUGGGUGCAUUUAUAGUUCUUAUUCUCGGUAUAUUGUCCAUAUGGAUCAUGUUCCAACGUAAAUCAAGAAGAACACUGGGCAACUACUCCCAAUGGCAAAUUCCUAACGUCUCGAAAGAUAUUAUAGUAGAUAGAGUCGGGGACCAGAACGCACACGAUGACCCGGAAAGCUUGUACCUGGCCAUUAAUGAUAAAUCAAGUGAGAAAAAUACGGAGAAGACAAUAGUUCAUAUAUGCAGGACCAAAUCAGGGGAUGCAGACAAUAUCAGUCAGUGCAGUUCGAUUUAUCAUCACGAGAGGACUUACAGUUCUCAGUCGGGCGAGGAAGGGAGUUCAGGCAAGGCAAGAAAACAGUCCUCUAUUUCGUACGGGCUGGCCAUGGCCUCGCCUUUGAUUGGCUUGCCUGAGGUAUCUCAUCUCGGGUGGGGCCACUGGUUCACUCUUAGAGAUCUUGAAAUUGCGACUGCUCGUUUUUCGUCCGACCAUAUUAUUGGGGAAGGUGGUUAUGGUGUCGUUUAUCGGGGUAGGUUGGUCAAUGGGACUGAUGUGGCGGUUAAGAAGCUUCUUAAUAAUCUUGGUCAAGCAGAGAAAGAGUUUAGGGUUGAAGUCGAGGCUAUCGGUCAUGUUCGGCAUAAGAAUUUAGUACGGCUUCUUGGCUAUUGCAUAGAAGGAGUGCACAGGAUGUUGGUGUAUGAGUAUGUUAACAAUGGAAAUCUUGAACAGUGGCUUCAUGGGGCUAUGAGGAAACAUGGGACCCUCACAUGGGAAGCCAGAAUGAAAGUUCUACUUGGUACAGCAAAGGCGCUCGCUUAUUUGCACGAAUCUAUAGAGCCAAAAGUCGUACAUCGUGAUAUUAAAUCAAGCAACAUCUUGAUCGAUGAGGAAUUCAAUGGAAAAGUAUCCGAUUUCGGUUUGGCUAAGCUACUGGGGUCCGGAGAAAGUCACAUAGCUACAAGAGUGAUGGGAACAUUCGGUUAUGUGGCCCCAGAAUAUGCAAACACAGGAUUAUUGAACGAAAAGAGUGAUAUCUACAGUUUUGGCGUUCUACUACUGGAAGCUGUUACCGGUAGAGACCCAGUGGACUAUGGACGUCCAGCGAAUGAGGUUAAUCUUGUAGAGUGGCUCAAAAUGAUGGUGGGGAGUAGGAGAGCUGAGGAAGUUGUGGACUCAAACCUCGAAGUUAGGCCAACCAUACGUGCGCUAAAACGUGCAUUACUGAUCGCACUUAGGUGUGUCGAUCCAGAUUCGGAUAAACGGCCCAAAAUGAGUCAGGUUGUUAGAAUGCUCGAGACUGAUGAGUUUCCUUAUCGAGAGGAUCGUAGGAAUAGGAAAACCAGAACGACAAGCAUGGAAAUCGAGUCAAUGAAGGAGGCUAUGAGUGUUUCGGCCGAGACAGAAAUGGGAGUGGAGCAAUCAGAGAGCCAUACGUUCGAGACAGUAGAUAGAAACUGA